UGUGAGACAUGGAAGAAAAUAAGAUCUUAAUGUCAGCGUUAAAUUUCUUAUUGUCGUGCAAGGAUUUCAGCGCUGUUUUUUAAUUUUUGAUUUUCACAGCAUUGAGGGAACAAAAAAAGAAACAUAAUAAUUGUGCACGCGCAAAUAUAGCUAGUUAGCCAUGUCCGCGAGGAGUGCAGGCGAAAUGCGAGCGCGUGGAUGAUGAGAACAGAUGAUGCGAAACUGAAUUAUGGAUAGAUUCCCGGAGAAGACGAUGCCUGCAUGCACACAUUAGCUGGCUUCUUUUCUCCGAUAUCGGAAGAAGCGGCUUUGGCACUGCGGUGUCCGGCCUCCCUCUCUUAUUCGCUCUGUGCAGCAGGUUUCGUGUGUGGGACGAAGGAUUAACGAGAUCACGAAAUAACAGCCGGCUUACUAGCUGGCUAGCUAGCGGGUAACAGAAAAGAUGGAUAGAUUAGAAUCGGAUAGAUUGAUAGAAAAGGCAAAGCUCUGCUUGCGAUCCGGACGGAGAGAAAAAGCACUCCAGUUAUUGUAUGAAGCGCAGAAAAUAUAUCCCAGCACACGAGCCCGAGUUCUGAUCAAUGCCAUCCUGAGGAACGGCAGCGCAGCGGGGGAGGGCGGCCGCGACCCUCGGGGGUGCCGCUGGAGCGAGGAAGAAGAGGAAGAGGAGGAGGAGGAGAGCGUGGGAGGAAACGAGGAGGAGAGGAAGGCGUACACCGAGGAUCAGAGGCAGGGCGUGCUCAGGAUAAAAAAAUGCAAGGAUUUUUACGAGAUUCUGGGCGUGACGAAGGAUGCCAGCGACGAGGACCUGAAGAAGGCCUACAGGAAGCUGGCCCUCCGAUUCCACCCGGACAAGAACUGCGCACCAGGAGCCACGGAAGCCUUCAAAGCGAUCGGAAACGCGUACGCUGUGCUGAGCAACCCGGAGAGGCGGCGGCAGUACGACCAGGCGGGCGAGGCCAUGGCCACGGAGAGCUCCCCGCACCCGAGCGCCCACGCCCGGCACGGAGGCCAUUACCGCGGAUUCUACCGCGACUUCGAGGCCGACAUCUCCCCCGAGGAGCUCUUCAACGCCUUCUUCGGCGGCAGGUUCCCCACAGGUAACAUCCACGUGUACACCAACAGAGGAGCCACCUACACCCACUACUACCAGCCCCGCCGGCGACGGAUGAACGAGAGGAGGGGGGAGGAGGAGGUGGAGGAGAACCGCAGCCAGAACACAUUCACUGCCGUCCUGCAGCUUCUGCCCGUGCUGGUGCUGAUCCUCAUCUCUGUGAUCACGCAGCUGAUGGCCACCAACCCCCCCUACAGCCUCUUCUACAAGCCGUCCUUGGGGCUGGUGGUUUCUCGGGAGACGCAGCACAUGGGCGUGACCUACUACGUGGACAAGGGCUUCCAGAAGGAGUACAAGGGGGCGUCGCUGCUGGAGCUGGAGAAGGCGGUGGAGAGCGACUACAUCGAGCACCUCCAGAGCAGCUGCUGGAAGGAGAAGCAGCAGAAGUCAGACCUGGCAAACAUGGGGCAGCUGUACCGGGACGAGAGGAUGAAGCAGAAGGCAGAGUCCAUGAAGCUGGAGAACUGUGAUAGGCUGUACCGCAUUGUGGGCCGGCAGCGGGGCGAAUGAGGCGGGGCCUGGAGGGGCGGGGCCAGCGCACAAAGAGCGACAUGUUUGAUUCUGUAGCAAUGUUACUUUAAAAAUUAUAUUUAUUUUAA